GCAGCGUUUCUCAUAGCAUCAAACCAGGCCGACAAAAUACACACCAAAACCCGAAAAUCAAGCACUAUUCCCUUUCUCUCCUCGCAGCACGUUUUUGCCCACGUGCUACCGACAUAGCGUUGUGUACACACCCUCGGCGAAUAUUUUUUCGUCGCUUUCACAGGAACAAAACGAACGCCUUUUCGUUUUUCUUAACUCUUCUUUUUUUCUUUUUCCCUUUCUCGCUCUACGUACGGUAUCAAACUUGCACCACUCAUUUAUUUUUUAUCCUUUUGUUUUUGUCUCACAGAGCGUUUGCAGCGCCAUGGAACGUAUUCCGUUGAUUGUGCGCCGCCUCGUGGCAGCGGAGCAGCAUUGCAACUUUGUCCACUACUACCUCUCCUUUUGCGACCUAUCCGCGUCUCCGCAGGUGAUGGAAACGUCAAAGUUCAGCGACGCUGUAACUGCCGACUCCGCCGUUGAAGGCGCGCAGCCGGAGUACAAACUGGUGUACGACGUUAUGCGCUCGAGAGACGGCCGCAUCCUCUUCAGGCAGCUGUACGCGGAGCGCUUCGCGCACAGCCUGGCCCUUGUCGCCCCCGACCACGUCUUCCCCGCAGAGCUGCUGCAAGUGCUCCAGGAUCGUCUUCAGCUGUACAUCGACGCCCCCGGUGUGUACUACACCGGCGUCACGGAGCAGAACGUGAAGAUCGUGUCGUGGCUGCUGGACGGUGCCGCUGCGGCAUCCCCUAUUCCUGCCAUCUUGAUGCUGCCCAAGUCGUCCUACCCCCCUGCGGCGAUGUACCACGACGGCGCAAAACUCGGGUUUCUCUACGAUGCCCACCGCGCCAACCCGAACGCCAAGGUCGCGCAGACUGCCCUGCGCAACCGCGCGGAGGCCUUUCAGAAAGAAAACGGCCUCUUUGAGGUGCUCCUCGUUCACAGCGCGGCGGACGGGUUUCUUGUGCCAGAGGGCUCCCGCUCCAAUUAUUUGCUGCAGCGCCGCGACGGGACGUGGUGGUGCAGCGCAGAGGAGGAUAUUGUGGUCGGCAUCACGCUCAAGGCGACGUACCGAGUUCUCGAGGCGUGUGGUCUGGGCUCCGUGCACCACCGUAAGCUGAACCUGAAGGAUGUGCUGGAGUGCAAGUCGUUGUACAUGCUUGGUACCAGCCCCACGAUCUUACCUGUGCAGUCUCUGCUGCUGUACAAGAGCGAUGACACACGACGCUGUUUUGAUGAGGCGACGCAGGCUCUGGGCGUUGAUUUGACGACGGGACUCUGCCAUGCAAUUCACAGAACGGACGACGGGUGCAGGGCGGAGCUCGUGAUUCCUGUCGACGCAGAACUUGCACCGAGGCUGCGGACACAGUACAUCAAGGAGGCAGAGUCUGACUAG